GUUAUGCAUUUGAUGUUUUUCUGCGAAAUCAGUGGCGAAACGUUGAAUUGGAUUGUUAUGGGAAGCAAUCUUGACCUUAUAAGCACUCAAGUCUUGAUUCUUUCUGUCUCGUUUUGGUUUUGAUUCCAGAAAAUGAUUUUAUGACUAAGAGAAGUAUAAACGCAUAGGACAAGAUAGCCACUGCUCCUUGAUGCUAUUGUUUUAAAUGGUUGAAUCGACCAUUAUUUCUCUGUGAUGGUUUAUCAUCUCACCUAUUUUUUAUGUGUGUGUAGAGAAGCUGCAACUACUGAGGUUGAUACUGGAAUCGAGGGUAUAUUGAACCGAUUGGAGAAACAAAGAAAUUUGACUCUUGGGUUUGUUUUGAGGGAUAAAGAAGUCAGUACUGGCAAUGCAAGUAAUGAUAAUAAACAUGAUUGGAGUCAUGAAACCUCAACUGAUGCGACAGUUGGUGCAACAAGUAGAAGUAUCAGACCUGCAUCAUCAAACCCCACUAAAGUCAUUCUUAGUGAUGUGGGAGGCAGACCUAAUCAUAGCAGAUCUCUUUUAGAUGCUGAUGUUCAAAGAAACUCUCUAAAGCCUGAAAUGUGGAGAACUUGGAGCACCCAAAGAGCUGGAUCUUCAGAUCAAGAAUUUGAAGCUGGUGAAGUUUCUUAUGAUGAAAUGGGAGGAUCAAAGGGAGUUUUGCAAGAUGAAAAACUUCAAAUGAAAGAGGGUGCUAUAGAAUCGGAAGGAAGGAAUGAUCUAGAUUCUCAUGAUGAAGUGAUCAAGUACAAACUAGUACGAAGUCACAUGCAGCACCUUGAAUCUGAGCUCUCCUCUGUACUUCAUUCUUUGAGGUCUAAAACAAGUAACGCUGCACCAAAAGAGAUGGGAAUGAUUACUCCUGGUGAUGAAAGCUCAUCUGAUGAUUUGCGGAAGCUCUCUGAUACUUGGGAGUUUCAAGAAAAUGAAAUAAUGCAUGCCCAGAACAAAUUACGUUCAACACGUGCAAAGCUAGCUGUUUUAGAAGGAAAGAUGGCGAUGGCAAUAAUUGAUGUGCAGAAGAAAGUGGAGUUGAAACAGAAGAGGGUCAAUGAUGCUCGUAGAGCCUUACGCCUUCUCCGAACUGCUUUAAUAGUUUGGACAAAUUCAGCCUCAGAAGUGCUAUUAGCAGGAUCAUAUGAUGGUUGGGCUACCCAGAGAAAGAUGGAGAGGUCGAGUACAGGAAUCUUCUCUGUGAGCCUGAAGUUGUAUCCGGGUAGAUACGAGAUCAAAUUCAUUGUUGAUGGGGAAUGGCGAAUUGAUCCCUUACGCCCUAUUGUUCGCAACAACGGAUUCGAGAAUAAUAUACUGAUUAUAACAUAAGAUUGCCACCCAAUAGAAGAACUUUUCUUUAACGUAGGGGAGUGUAGAUAGUAGCUAGGGACUCGUGUGAUUCUUUUAUGUAAUGAUUCAGAUGUAACAGCAUUCAAUUCAUGUAACACCCAGAUUUUAGGAUGGUGCUAAUUCAACCUCAAUGACGA